AUGCACUUCUCCGCACCCGCUUUCAUUACCCUCCUGGCGGCAACCCUUGCUGUCGCUGCCCCUACCAACCAAAAGUACGAUGACAAGAAGGCAUACAUCAAAGACUGCAAGAAGGAUCUUGAGAACAAGUGGAACAAGAAGACCAAUGACUGGAAAAAGCACGAGAAGCUCUUCUACUUCGAUGCCCAGUACGUCGUGAAGGCGACUCCUGAUCAGGUCAUCAACCCCGAACAAGUUCCUGCCCCUGGCCAGCCCGGCGCCAAGGGCCUCUUCAAGUACGGCAUCAACAUCGCUGACAACACUAUCUGCUACAACAUCACCCUUUCCGGCGUCACCGGCGAGUACCAAUCUGCAGCCCUCACAUCCACGCACAUCCACGAAGCUGCCAAGGGCCGCGCAGGGCCUCCUCGUAUUGCCUUCCCUAACCCUGCUGGACCUGAUGACCGCCGCAUCUCUACUGGCUGCAUUACCGGACCCUUCAAGACUGGCAUCAACGGCACUGAUGGCAAUGACACCGGCACUGGCUUCCACGUUCGCCAGAUCGUCGCUAACCCCGGUGCCUUCUUCACCGACACUCACACCCGCCAGUUCGUCCCUGGUGCCGUUCGUGGUCAGCUCGCAUAA